AUGCUGAAAACUGUUAUACCAGAUAAUCCUGAGAUCGUUUUUAUGAGUGACAGACACACAAGCAUAGCGAAGGCAGUGCAGGAGGUAUACCCUCUGUCUCAGCAUGGAUUUUGUGUGUGGCACUUGUCUCGUAAUGUGAGGGGUAAAGCAGCCAAUGGUUGGAAGGAUUUGUGUUCUAAAAAAUUCAUUGAGUGCGCUCAUAAGUACACCGAAAGUGAGUUUCUAAUUGCAUACACCGAAUUUGGUAGAAUGUUUCCCAAAGCUGCGGAGUACUUAGAGAAUGGUCUUCCUCUUGAUAAAUGGGCACGGUGGAAUUUUAAAGGGGACAAGUAUAACUUGGACACAAGCAAUGCCUGUGAAUCAAUGAACAGCAUCUUCAAGAAGGCGAGAAAGUAUGCACUAUUGCCAUUGAUUGAUGCGUAUGUUGAGAAAGUGUCUGAAUGGUUCAACAGGCAUAGGAAUAACAUAGCUGGUGCAUCAUAUUCGAAGAAACUGGUGCCGUAUGUGGAAAACGAGUUGCAUAAACAAUGUGCAAUUGCGACCAAAUUAGAUGUGACUGAGCUAAAUCUACCUGGGCUUGAAUACUGUGUUGUUGGAGUUGAUGGGAAGAGCUAUCUGGUUAAUUUGGAAACAAAAAGUUGUGGUUGUCGCAUGUUUGAUAUUGAUAAGAUUCCAUGUGUUCAUGCAAUAGCCGCAACCAUUGCAAUGAUGCGGACGUCCUCAAGAAGAAGAGACUUACACAUUUUCGAUUUAUGCUCGAGAUACUACUUGUGA